AUGGCACCCGCUAUGCGAGAACUGUCGAACCACCCACUACGUCUUCUCUCUUUGGAUGGCGGCGGCAUCAGAGGAAUCUCGGAGCUAGUUAUACUAGAGGAGAUCAUGCAUCGUGUAGGUCGGUUAGGAAACGUAUCCAAACCACUUCCGGCAGACUACUUUGACAUGAUUUGUGGUACAAGUACUGGUGGGCUUAUUGCUCUACUUCUCGGCCGCCUCCGAUUGUCUGUUCCUGAAGCCAUCGACAAAUACCGACUCCUUGCAAAACAAGUCUUCUCGGAAAAGAAAGGGCAAGGAAAGGAUGGAAUAUUCAAAGCCUCAAACUUGGAGGGGGCAAUAAAAGAAACUGUUGAGUGGAAACUAGGCAAAGGCUAUGCCGAUGAGAAAAUGUUUGAGAAUGAUGCCUUAGCAUGCAAGACCUUCGUUUGCGCUGUCCCAGCAAAACAUAUCAAUAAACAACCAAGACUGUUUCGGACUUGGUCAGCAGACAAAAGUCCAGGUUAUAACUGUAACAUUUGGGAAGCUGCUCGUGCGACCUCGGCUGCUCCACGAUUUUUCAAGCGGAUGUUGAUUGGAGAUCCGGGUUUACAAGAGGAGUUCAUCGAUGCAGGUAUGGGAUGUAAUAACCCGACACGGUAUCUAGUUGAGGAAGCGCAGAAGGAAUUUGGUGCUGAGAGAACAGUCAGUUGUAUUGUCAGCAUUGGGACAGGAAAGCCUAAGGUUACAGGUUUUAAAGUCCCAAGCCUAUUUCAAAGAGUAUUGCCAUUGGAACUUAUUAAGGUCCUGGCAGAUAUGGCUACAGACACCGAGAUUGAAGCGUCAACGAUGAAAGACCGAUUUAAGAACUGCUCCGACCUCUACCACCGGCUGAACGUUGAGAGAGGACUUGAAGAGAUAUCUCUUGAGGAGUGGGACAAGCUUGGAGAUGUUAAACAACACACUAUGGCAUAUUUGAGUAAUGAGGCCAUUAGCCAAGGGAUAGAUUUAAUCGUGAAUACACUAUUAGGGAAGACUUCACAAGCAUUUCCUUUAGGCCAGUUAGAUGGAGCAGUUGCGGCUCUUAAUCAUCCUCGUCAUCACUUUAUAUAUCCAUCAUACCAAGUUUUGCAUUAUGUCACUCGAAAGGAUCCCCUUAUAGCUAUCCAUCAAUGCCUUCAGGACCCACCAGAUAAGACGGCGCCAACAGUAGUCUCUUUACUUGGCAUGGGCGGCUGCGGUAAGUCCCAGCUUGCACUUGAGUAUUGUCGGCAAAGACAGAACGACAAAUGGUUUUCUGCAAUACUCUGGCUUGAUGCAAGCUCCCCUACAAGCAUAGCGCAGUCGUUUACCGACAUUGCAUAUAAGUUUUCGAAGCCGAAUUUCGAAACCGCGGAUAAUCAAGGGAACACUAGAUUUGUUCUUGAUAAGACAGGAGCGUGGAAGUUCCGAUGGCUGCUUGUAUUUGACAACUUUGAUAAUCCAAGCUUGUUUGACAACAUAAAAGAGUAUUUCCCACGAGGCGGCUACAGUUGUAUUCUUUUUACCAGCCGGCAUGCCACGGUGAGAAGUUUAGGCUUCCACAUUGAGGUAACGAAUAUGUCAGACGAGGAAGCACUACAGCUCUUGCUCAAGAGAAGCGAGGCAAGUAGGACAGAUAUAAAUCUGCAAGAAGGGGCAAACAUUGUCAAGAGACUUGGCUAUCAUGCGCUAGCCAUUGAUCAGGCUGGUGCUUAUAUUCUAGCACGGGAUCUUAGCCUGGAUCUCUAUAUGACGCAUUUCCUCGAUCGCAAAGAGAAGGUCCUCAAUGAAGUGCCUGAACUAUGGGACUAUCGACGAAGACUGAAGACAGAUGCAGAGGUAGAAACCAAGCUGACCGUGUUUACAACCUGGGAACUAUCUCUCGAUUUGAUAAGUGGAGAUCCAACAACACGGAAAGACAAGAUUCAUGUUCUUACUCUUGCAGCAUUUCUCGAUAGCAAAGAAGUUUCCGAUGAUCUGUUCGGAUAUUAUGGAUCUGAGAACAGUGACUGGCUGACGUCUUGCAUGAAGGACGGCACGUGGGACAUGUAUGCGGCUCAAGAUAUAUUAAAGGAACUACGGAAUUUAUCACUGCUUCAGAACGUGCAUAUCGGAAGAAAUAAGACGAUAUUUUCACUACAUCCACUUAUUCAAGACUGGGUAGAGAUGAGAAUCACUAUAGAUAAUCGUCAGACAUACGGCUUAGAAGCGAUUCUUCUAUUAUCAGCCUUUAUAGACGCUCACAGCAUGGAUGAUAUGUCUUUCGACAGAAAGCAGGUCUUAUUGGCUCAUCUAGAGGCAGUGCUUCAGAACGAAAGCAAGUACAGGAUUUUAAAUGGUAGCCUAGAAAAUGCUAGACUACUACAAGCUGCGUCUAGUUUUGGGGAUUUCUUUAAGAGUCAUGGUCGAUAUGGUGCGUCUGAAGAGAUGUGGGAACGCGUCUUAAAAGGGAGAACAAAGAUGCUUGGCCUUGAGCACCCUUAUACUCUUUCGAGCAUGAACAACCUCGCACUUCUCUUACAGAAUCGAGGCAAGUACGACGAGGCCGAGCCCAUGUACCGGCAGACGCUGCAGCUUUGUGAGCAGGUCCUUGGCCUUGAGCACCCUAAUACGCUUUCGAGUAUAAACAACCUCGCAGCUCUCUUAGAGAAUCGAGGCAAGUCCGACAAAGCCGAGCUCAUUUAG